AUGGGUCUCCUGAGCGUUAUUCGCAAGCAGAAACGCCGUGAUCGAGAAGUCCGCGUUCUCGUGCUCGGUCUCGAUAACGCUGGUAAGACCACCAUAGUGCGAAGGCUGCUUGGAGACGACGAAGCUGCCGUGAGACGAACAGCGCCCACUGAAGGUUUUUGUAUUCGAACACUCGUACUGAAAGGCGGGUAUCGUUUCCACUUUUGGGAUAUCGGUGGUCACCGGGCGCUCCGAUCCUACUGGCGAAACUAUUUUGAGCGGACGGAUGCGAUUAUCUGGGUAGUCGACGCAACGACGCCGCAUCGAAUUAAGGGAGAAGCUGCUCAGGAGCUAGCCGCCCUGCUGUCGGAGCCGAGUCUGUACCAGGUGCCUCUCUUAAUCAUCGCAAAUAAGAUGGACUUGCUAGCCGCGGAACCUGUCUCAUCGGUGCGCAAAGCGCUUGGCAUCGAUGCCUUCUGCGUUGCAGGAGCAGCAGCAACAAUAGCAACAGCAACAAUAGCAACUCCGACGAGCCGAAGAACCCCGUUAGAGGCGAAUCAGCAGACCGCCUCUGACACGAUGGCUUCGACAUGGGCACAGGCUUGGCCUGCUGAUGAACUCAGUCAACUGGAUGGACGACGACCCAUCCAUGUCAUGCCAUGUAGUGCCUACACUGGCGAGGGACUGUCGAAUGCCCUGGAUUGGCUUGCUCAGCAGGCUAUCCAGCGCCUGUAUCGUUUCGAUACCAGAGGCGAUUUACGAUCAUCACCGUCAUGUGUUCUUUCCGAGCAGCAGCAUUCGGUGGCGCUCUAA